UUACGGAAGUACGGCUCCCAAACAGAUUCCCGUUGGAAGAGUAAAACACAGCAGAUCGCCUUCUUUCCAUUAAAACUUAUCUAAUCUCGGACUAAUUCAAUUCUCAAUAAGACGAUGGGCACUAGAGAUGACGAGUAUGACUAUUUGUUCAAAGUCGUCCUUAUCGGUGACUCGGGCGUGGGAAAGAGUAACCUGCUGUCACGUUUCACCCGCAACGAGUUCAACCUGGAGAGUAAGAGCACCAUUGGAGUUGAGUUUGCCACACGCAGCAUCCAGGUGGACGGCAAGACGGUGAAGGCCCAGAUCUGGGACACAGCUGGCCAAGAGCGCUACCGUGCCAUCACAUCAGCGUACUACCGUGGGGCGGUGGGGGCUCUUCUGGUUUACGACAUUGCCAAGCAUCUAACUUACGAGAACGUGGAGCGCUGGCUGAAGGAGCUGAGAGACCAUGCCGACAGCAACAUCGUCAUCAUGCUGGUGGGCAACAAGAGCGACCUGCGUCACCUCCGAGCUGUUCCUACCGACGAGGCCCGCGCUUUUGCUGAGAAGAACGGUUUAUCUUUCCUGGAGACGUCGGCUCUGGACUCCACCAACGUUGAGACGGCCUUCCAGACCAUUCUGACAGAGAUCUACCGUAUUGUCUCUCAGAAGCAGAUGUCGGAGCGUCAGGAGAGUGACAUGUCGCCCAGUAACAACGUGGUCAACAUCCAGGUGCAGCCCACUGAGAACAAACCAAAGAUGCAGUGCUGUCAGAACAUCUAGCCCAGCUGCGGACCUGCUGCUAUCCCCUCCCCUUUUUUCCCCUCUCUCUCUCCACAGUCCACACCUAUGCCUCCCUCCCUCCCUGCCUCCCCCUCUACCCAGCUCCCGGCUGCCGGGCUCACAACUCCUCAACCCCAGCCCCCCCUGCCCUCAGAAAAUAGACUGCCUCGGUGUACUGCGUGGUGUGGGAGGGAUGAGCCACAGCUUCAAGGCUGUGACCCAAACUCUGCACCUACCUUGUACCUGCCCCCACCCCCACCCAACCCCCUC